UCACGAACCCCUGUGACUCUUAUACAUUAUAAUCUUUUCCCUAUUUUUCUCUUGUUUGGUUUUAUUGACCUUUACUGACAGGGGAGUAAUCUGAAGGAGCUGGCAUAGGAAUCAUGUUUUGGGAACUACAUUGUCUGUGGUUUCUCAGCUACAGGAAGAGCCUGUGAGGCUUUUUUGCAAGAUGCAGCAACCGUUGAGAUCCACUCCUUUACAAAUGGAUCAUUGUCUUUGCGGAAAUAGACACACUGCUCACUUGAGAAAGAAUGUUAAAUGACUCAACUGUCCUGCCACAUUGAAGCUGCUCAACACCAGGGAAGAACAACACAUGGAGACCCGUAGACCAGGGUCUGAGGUCAGUAUUGCAAAUUCUGAAAGGGAUUAUGAGAAUGUUAUACCUUCAAGUUUCCUAAAAUGGCAGCAACAAGUCCCAGAACAAACCAUGAAGGCCAGACCAGAUGUGCUCAGGCCCACCACACAUACUGACAAUACAAAACGGUAUUCUUGGAUUGGCCUCCUUUCCAUCUUGAUGUGCGCUUUCCUGUUAAUAGCCAUCUCUGCUUUUGUCCUGGCCUUCUUGAAAUUUAUUCCUCGAUGUCCAGAUCACUGGCAAAAGUUCCAGACAAAAUGUUACUACUUCUCCAGUCAUCAGCAGACCUGGCCAGAUGCAGAUAAUAUUUGCCUUAACCUUGCUGGACACUUGGUGGUGGUCCAUGACAAUGCAACUAGAAAGUUUCUAGAUCAUCAACAGAAGUCUAGCUACUGGCUUGGCCUCAAGACAUAUGCCAAAGGAGAAUGGCUUUGGGUGGAUGAUACACCUCUACAGGGCAUAUCCAAGAUCAAAGCUGAUAAUCAGACAACUGAAUGCAUGUAUGUCAACCACACAAAGAAUACAAGCAGAAUGACACGAUCUUCUUGCAGUUAUUCCUUCUAUUACAUUUGUGAAAAACAGCAAGCAUAACAAACAUUACAUUUUGUUCUAAUUUGCAGGUUUUUAAAUUUUUCAUUUGUGAAAAAUUAUGUAGACUGUGAAUUAUAAUUCUCCUUCAUGGCUUCUUUUGAAAGUAUUCUUUCCCAGAGAUUUUAACAGUGAAUAUCAAAUAUACUACUAAACAGCGACUUCUAUACAGAAAGCAUGUUGUAGGUUAUAGAAAUUGAGUAUCAUAUUUGAAGGAUCACCUCCCUCCAUUUAUGGAUUUACUUAGAAUUGCAGAAAUUGGAUACUACUACCCUUCCAACACUUCUGUCCUUCCCAAAAACAGCAGACCAGCCUUGAAUUGCAUGGCAGUAAUAUCGUGAUUUACACAAACCAUGCAAAACAAGCCAAUUUUAGUAUCUUCCCCUACAGUGAUUCUCAAUCUGUGGGUCCCCAGAGAUUUUGGCCUGCAACUCCCAGAAAUCCCAACCAGUUUACCAGCUGUUAGGAUUUCUGGGAGUUGAAGGUGAAAACCUCUGGGAACACAGGUUGAGAACUACUGAGCCUAAUCCUUCUCCAAAGAUAUGUAUAUUCAGAUCCAUUGCCUGAUCUUGAGGGCUUUAAAAUGUUAUUAUUUGUGUCAUUUGAAUCAAAGGGCUUUUUUGGAGCAACAAUAUGUGAAAGCGGUCAUCAAUAAUGUCUCCACUAUAUGACCCAAAGUGGUAGGUACAGGUUGAGUAGAUUCAGGGAGGAGUCAAAGCAGGAUGGGGGGAAUUGGGUUUGGGGUCCAGAUCUAGUUCAGAUUAAACCUGUGAGCUGCAGGUCCCCAGCCACGGAUCUACAUUUUGGUGUGCAUAUUGUCCAGACCAUCUUAUGAAUAUUUCAGUGGCUUUAACCAUCUCUGCUGCUUGAAUUAUUGCCCCCUUUCCCUCUGCAACACCUUUUUGUAGUUGUUUUUACAAUGCUGUUAUAUCUUGUUAAACCCAAGCUCUCUUUUUUAAUGGUCCUGUUCUGGUUUCAUUAUUUGCUACAUUAUUUUUUAUGCCUGAUUCCACUUUCAUCUUUAUAUUUUGUAUCUAUUUUAUUGUACUUUUUAAUGAUUUAGGAAAUUUUGGUUAUUGAACAGUCUCAAUUAGUUGUUGUUUUUUUAAAAAAAAUAACCAUAAACAUACAUGCAUAGCAGUAUACAGAUAUAUUAUAAGAUACAUUGUAAUCUACCAUGGGAAGUCUGGAGUCUUGAAAGGUGGGUAAGAUAUGCAUUUAAUAAAAAAUAUCAAUAGCUCUGA